AUGACAGAGCAGCCCCUACUGUCAAACAUCACCUUCCCCUGCCCAGCUUCCUUCCUGCUGACAGGCAUCCCAGGACUGGGCACCAUGCAUGCCUGGCUCUCCUUGCCCUUCAGCUCCAUGUACUUACUGGCCCUGCUGGGCAAUGCAGCUCUGCUGGCUGUAGUAAAGGUGGAUACUACACUGCAUCAGCCCAUGUUUCUGCUCUUAGCUGCCCUGGCUGCCACUGACCUGGGCCUGGCCUCCUCUGUAGCCCCAGGACUGCUGGCCAUUCUGUGGCUUGGGCCCCGGUCCAUCCCCUACGCUGCUUGCUUGACCCAAAUGUUCUUCGUCCAUGCUCUGACUGCCAUGGAAUCAGGUGUCCUGCUAGCCAUGGCCUGUGACCGUGCAGUGGCCGUGGGGAACCCACUACGCUACCCAACCCUGGUCACAGGUGCCCGGGUGGGUUGGGUAGCCAUGGCACUGGGGUUGCGGGCUGUGGCCAUCGUAGUCCCCUUUCCGUUGCUGGUGGCCCGGUUCAGGCAUUUCCGGAUGAGGAACGUGGCCCAUGCUUAUUGUGAACAUAUGGCUGUGGUGGAACUGGUAGCAGGCAACACAAGGGCCAACAACAUCUAUGGGCUGGCACUGUCUCUGGCGGUGUCGGGAGUGGAUGUGCUGGGCAUCGCAGGCUCCUAUGGGCUCAUUGCUCGCACUGUGCUCAGGCUGCCCACCCGUGAAGCCCGAGCCAAGGCUUUUGGUACUUGCAGCUCUCACAUCUGCGUCAUCCUGGCCUUCUAUGUGCCUGGCCUCUUCUCCUACCUCACACACAGAUUUGGCCGUAGAACCGUCCCCCGCCCGGUGCACAUUCUACUCUCAAACAUCUACCUGCUGUUGCCCCCAUCUCUUAAUCCACUCAUCUAUGGUGCCCGCACUAAACAGAUCCGGGACAGGCUCCUCUCAUUCUUCACACCCUGGAAGAAUCAACUUUGA